AUGUCAACGAUGAAAGAGUCUUUGGGAACUGCUGGUGAAUUGCUAAAAAACUUUAUUGCAGUGAUUCUGUACGCAGUAACAGCCGUUUAUUUUGCCGGUGUGAUGGUUCGUCUGAUGCUUACGCUUACACCUGUUGUUUGUGUGCUUUCUGGCAUUGCUUUUUCGCACACCUACGAAAGAUAUUUGUUUGAUGAGAGUGAACAAUCCAAAAGCAGCAGCGAUGAGGAAGAAAGUAAGCAUUUGUACGAUAAAGCGAGCAAAAAUCGAAAAGGUGGAUUAUGGGCGAAUCAGGCAGCAACGGAGGGCGAUGAUGCAACGAUUGGAAUGAAUGCGCGAUCGAUUGUUUCAGUAGUUUUGGUGCUGAUGCUUCUAAUGUUCGUCGUCCAUUGCACCUAUGUAACAAGCAAUGCGUAUUCUCAUCCAUCCGUUGUGCUACAAUCACACAGCUCCGAUGGGUAA